UGGAGGGUUCCCUCCCAGAUAGUUACAAGAAAUAGAGCAUUCUUUUGGUUUUUAGGUUGCUUCACUAGUAUCGUUAUCGUCGUAUAGAGCGGAGCGAGGCUCCUUCGUCGUUGUGUUUUCGUUUAUCGUUAUAUCGUUUUGCUAGAUUGUUCAGUGUGUCCAUUCCUGAGAUCCCUCGAUCACAACCCGGUUCCUGUCGCAGGGAACAACGCACGUACGCCCCCCUUUACAUAUUGGCGUCCCCGGGAAGGCCUACGCUUGUUGGCGCUUGCGAACUUCGCUUUGGGUUCUAGGGCGCGUGGGAAGCACCCUGGCUAGGGAUUCUUGGGAAAAUAAUCAACUGAGAGGCUUUUCCCGGAGAGAUUGGGACACGGGAGAGUGCGGGAGUGGUGAAAACUCUGAAUUCAGCUAAGUUAGCAGUUCCACGGUUCUGUCACGGCGUUCCGUCGGUAUUGCCUACUUUGGUAAGGAGAUGUCGUCAGAGAGCGACCGCUCGGAGCAUCGGCCUCUCCCGGUGCAUGUGGAACAAGGGAGUCCACUUCUUACACCGGGAGAUGCAAAGGGAAUACCGGCGCCGGCCGCAAUGCCCACUACUCCGAGCUUGUCUGGAAUGUGGCAGCCGGAAGGCAUGCCGAUGUUGAUGAUGCAGAUGUUGGAGAAACUGUUGGGGACACCCAGAGGUCUGCCGUUGCGAGGAACUUCUGGAGCCCCAACAUUCAAUGGUAAGGAGGUCAGUGAAUUCUUGAGGACCUUACAUUCGUUGUUUAGGAACCAUGGAAUCACGCGAGAGGAGGACAAGAUAGGUGCCCUGUGUGAUUAUGUAUCAGUAAGUGUGUGUGAAUGGGUAGAGAGCCUCCCUGAAUAUGAGAGGAAGGACUAUGAAGGAUUGGAGAAGCGGCUCCUAGAGGAGUAUCAGGACCAGGAUUCAGCACAGGCCAAGCUCAACAUAGGCUGGCUUGGCAGGUUUGUUGCUCAGAAACGGUCAACAGAUGACAACUUGACCAAGUAUGUUCGCGAAUUUAGCAACGUCUCUGGUGAACUGAUGCGCUGA